AUGUCUUCGAAGAUGGAGUGCAAACCGGGUAAGAUCGCUGUGGUCGGAGUUGGCAAUCUAGGAUCGGCCACUGCAUACACACUGCUGCUUAAAGGCUUGGCAGCUGAAAUCAUUUUGAUUGAUAUCAGUGAAAAGAAGGCUGAGGGAGAAUGUAUGGAUUUGUGUCAUGCAGUACCUUUCUCUUGUGAAACGCAAAUCCGAGUGGGAAAAUGCGAGGACUGUGCCGGAUGUGCAAUCGUAAUCGUCGCCGGCGGUGAGAAUGAGAAACCAGGACAAAGCAGAAUGGAUCUGGUUUCUGAAAAUGCUAAGAUCAUGCAAGAUGUGAUCCCCAAGAUUGCUAGGAGUUCUCCCGAAGCCAUCUUACUCAUUGCCACUAAUCCAGUAGACGUUAUGACUUCGCUCGCCCAGAAAUUGUCAGGCUUCCCUGCUCAACGCGUCAUAGGGUCUGGGACGCUAUUGGACUCGGCUCGAUUCAAAUGCAAUUUGGGCAAAUACUUCAAGAUCUCCUCUAAAGAUGUCAACGCUUUCGUAGUGGGUGAACAUGGAGAUAGCCAAGUUCCUGUUUGGUCCUUGGCAUCGAUUGCCGGUAUGAGACUUUCGGAUUACUGCGAGCAGUCUGGGACCAAUUAUGACAAAGCGGCCUUGCACAAGAUUUACGAACAGACGCGCGAUGCCUCUAGCAAGAUCAUUGAGUGCAAAGGCUCCACUGCUUAUAGUACAGCUGCAGGUCUAGCCCAAAUUGUGAGUGCUAUAUUGAAAGAUGAAGGCGUUUUGCUCCCUGUGUCAACAGUAGGUGACUAUUAUGGCGUCAAAAAUAUUUCGAUGAGCGUUCCUGUUAAAGUCGGCUGCAACGGUGCUCAACAUGUGGUAAAAUUACCACUCCAGGAUGAAGAGAUGAAAGCAGUACAAAAGUCUGCUGAAAUUAUCAAGUCAGUCUGCAAGCAGGCCGGCUGCGAGUAA